GGUUGGCGUUGAAUAUUCGGUCUUGCAUUGGAUAAGGCAGUUAGCCUUGGUUACCCUUUGCGAGUUGGAUCCCGGAUGUUUACGGUGUCUUUCUCUUUUCGGCUCAUGCCUUGUUUUUGUAACUUGACUUCUUCUCUUUUGUUGGCGCUUCUCUGCUGCUACUCUCACUUGUCUUCAUCGUUACCCUCCACCUGCCCCAUCGCCUCCUUUUUUGGGGGGGUUUUUUGUAUCUACCGGCUCGCUUCAAAUCAAGAGGCUUCGACUUCCUGUCGGGGCCGUCGCCACGCUAUCCGUUACGCCUUCGCCCACGCACAAGUCACCCAACCACGCUCAGCAAACAUACACUCGUCUCGAUUCCCACCACAUUUUUACUGUGCUGUCACUUACCGAUCAGCAGUCCCUUCUCUGUUCUUGUUCUUCUAUGCGUACUUCACAUGACAAUGAUCAUAUCAGUCACUUUUGACUGAUCACUCUUGAUCACUUGCAGUAUGUACACCAAGGGGUGCUGGUGAAACAGCCGUUAGAGAUGUUCUGAAUAUGUUCUCACAAUAACUGCGUGCCAAUAAUGUCAAUCGAUUGUAC